AUGUCAACGAUGCGGGUUACGCUUUGCCAGAUGGCUGUCGGGAAGUCGAAGGCGGCUAAUCUGGCGAAAGCUGUAGGAAUGAUAACCUCAGCAGCGAAAAGGGGUGCAAACCUUGCUGUUCUUCCAGAAUGCUUCAUGUGCCCUUAUGGUACCAAGUAUUUUGAAGAAUACUCUGAGGAAGUGGGGCCGGGUUUUCCCACGUACGACGCAAUUUCCAAGGUUGCCAAAGAAAACAAUAUCUGGGUGAUAGCUGGCAGUAUACCCGAGCGCUCAGAUGAAAAGAUAUACAAUUCUUGCAUGGUUUUUGAUUCAACUGGGAAGUUAAAGCAUGUACAUAGAAAAAUACAUUUGUUUCGAAUUCGUACGGACACAGUCCGAAUGGACGAAGGAGAAGUGCUUUCUGCAGGAAAUACGGUUUCUUCCGUUUCCAUGAAUGACAAAAUAAAAUUUGGUGUGGGUAUCUGCUUUGAUGUAAGAUAUCCUCUACUUGCAUGUAAGUACGCUCAUGAUGGAACUUCGCUUUUGGUUUAUCCAGGUGCGUUCAACAUGGUUACAGGUCCAUUGCACUGGGAACUGUUGGCCAGAGCACGUGCUGUGGAUAAUCAACAGUUUGUUAUCCUGUGUUCACCCGCGCGUGACUUGGAUGCAGAUUAUGUUGCAUGGGGUCAUUCGAUGGUUGUGGAUCCUAUGGGAAAGGUGAUUGCUGACGCAAACGAAUGUGAAGGCUACGUUGAUGCUGAGCUGGAUCUUGAUUUAAUUCAAUCAACAAGAGAAACGAUUCCCAUUAUCCAUGGAACACGACAUGAUAUGGUAAAGUUGUUUUGGAAAUAA